GAAGACGCCGGAAGUGGCGGUCGUUCGGCCCCGGCUGCGGGGACAUCGUCGUCAUCGUCGUCGUUGUCGUCGCCGCCGGCGGCCGGAGAAGAGAUCGGAGGGGGCGGCGGCGACGACGACAAGAGGCCCAAAGGUUCAUCGCCCCCCGCCAUGAGCGAGCGCCUCCGCCCCAGGAAAAGAAGGAGGAAUGGUAAUGAAGAGGACAACCAUCUCCCCCAGACCAAACGGAGCAGCAGAAACGCCGUCCUCCAGGACUCCUGGGAUACCGAGACAGUGCCUGUAACGAGAAACAGUAAAGAAAACAGACUAAGAGGAAACAAAGCAUACAGCGCGUCUUCAAGCAGCGAGAGCGGAGGCAGCAGCAACAGCAGCAGCAGCAACAGCAGCAUCAACAGCCCUGACAGAGCCAGCGGCCCAGAAAGCAGCCUCAACCGGAUCACGGCGGGGUCCAGCCCCGACCCGCCCCCGUCCUUCCACGAGCCGUCCGCACUCUGCCAGGGCCCUUACUUCCACAUCAACCAGAUCCUGAAGGAGGCCCACUUCCACAGCCUACAGCACCGGGGCCGACCACCCACAUGACGGACGGGCAGUUCCUUGCCUUCUGUGAAGGGACAGCACUGUGCAGAUUUCAUAUUUCGACUUAAAAAGGAAAAAAAAAAGUUUGUUUAAAAAUUGCACAAAAGACGCCUGUUGGCUUUUUGGUCUAUAUUUGAAAUAACGGGCUGACAGGCGAUUGUUUACUUGUGGUUUUGCUGCACUAUUGCCAUUUCCAAGGGGCUUUGAAGCGAUUUUUCUAAGAUUCUUUUCAGGGUAGGGGAGUCGAAUCUUCGUCCGGGUAGGAGGAAGCCACAACCGCGUGUCAAGAGUCCGUGUUUCGUCCCGUUUUAGCUUGAAGUCCAAAUCUGUCACUUGGCGACUUAAUGCUUUUAUGUCAGGAGUCCUUCAAAACAGGGAAGCUUUACUGUUUUCGUGGGCUUUUUUUGUUUUCGUUUUUUUAAAUUCAAUAAACGAGGUUCUAGUUUCCGUGGAAGCCACCCAUUUAGUUCCUUCCCCCAGGUUUAAAAAGCCCGAUCCUUUCAGUCUUGCACUGAAGUCGAAACUACCAUCCUACCUCUCCUUCCGCAGCUGGCCUCAAACUGCCCGUCCAGGGGAGAAUGGGUCUCUAAGACAUCACCCUGGGCCCCGAUUUGAUUUUGCGACGAUGCUAGGCGUCCGGUGCCGGCUAAGAGGCGGACACGUUGCACGAUGGGGCGAGAGGGAUUCGGGCCGGAGGUGGCUCUGUCUCCGAUAAUCAGACCCGGGGGGGUUCGGGUUGCAGCUUCAGACGAGCUCACGUGAUCAUUCCGUCUCUUUUGCAGCUAGUAGACUGAGGGCGAGAUGACGAGCGGGAAGGAGACAACUCCAGACUCAUACCGGAGAGCCAACCCAGUUUGAACAGCGAUGGCGUGGCUGCGUCUUCCUCCUCGGUGGCGAGCUGCCUGAACAGAGAGCCGGGCCGCGAUGCGUCGUCAUCCGCUCGGGUGAGCGCCGGAGCCGCCGCCUGCCACUGGAGGAGAAAGGAAAGUAGCGACUUUUACCCAGCGCGUCCUGGGGGUCGCCUACGCUCCCGCCACAGGCAGCGGGACGAUUAAGACGCCAGUCUGGGAGGGAGGCCAGGCUUGUUGACAGGUGAGAUGAGAAUGCUCGGCUUGCUCCAGGACCAGAGCAGUGAAGGAAAUACCUUAGGCAACGAGACUGAUUUUUCUCCCUUGCCCCCGGGGAGGAGGGCCCGAGGGGCCGGGCGACGUCUCCGCCCCACCCAAUGCACCUGUGGCCUAGGCGGAAUUAGGUUUUGGGUAAUCUAUACUGCACCCUCCCCUAAAGGCUAAGGGAUGACAACCCCGUGUCACAGUCCUCCAACGUGCACAACCCCGGGUUGUGAAUCCAAGGGGGAGGUUAAAGAAGCGAGUUCGGCGUCACUCAAGUACUUCGAGCAAGCGAUAAGCUCCCGGCUUGAAACUGGGUCGGCUCCACCGACUUGCUCCUCCGACCCUAUCGGUCAGCGCGAACCAAUCCCGGCUCGUGUGGAUUUUUCGACGGCACGGGCCACCUAGGAGCCCGUUCCCACUGUGAGGUUUGUUGGAUGUGUCCAAGUCUGAAGGGAGCGUCUUUGGAUGCACCUGUGAGCUCAGUCUAGUAAGAUCUUGUACUUGUAUUGCGCCGCCAUUAAAAGCAGCAUUAGUGCAUUUUGUCAUGUCA